AUGAAGCUUUCUACCAUUCUUGCCGGCACAUCCAUCCCCCUGGCGCUCGCCAACGUCCGCGUCAAAUGGAGCUUUCCCAGCGCUCCGGCCACCGGGCUCGAGGACAUAACCUUCCCCAUGAACAUGGCCAACGCCAAGCACGAGAGAGGCUACUACUUUGCCCAGCAGUUCAACUUCGAGGGCAUCAGCGCCGUGGGAUACAUCGGCUUCCAGCCCCGCCCCGACAGGAACGGCAAGCCCAUCUUCCUCGCCGUCUUUUCCUCCUUCCAAAAGGGGGCCACGAGCACUCACGCCAAGUGCAAGUCUGGCGCGGACGGGGGAGCCGGCGUGAGCUGCGCCAUCGAGGGCUCCGGAGACUACGCCGACACAUACAACUUUAGCGUGGAGCAUGUCAGCGACACGACCUGGCGCGGCGUCAUGACCAACACCGUCACGGGGAAGAAGGACGAAAUUGGUGUCAUUAAGUUGCCUAGCCAGGCGAAGAAUAUUAAGCCUUCUCAGGUGGGCUUUGUUGAGUACUUCCCCUGGAAUGCGAAUGGCCCCGACUGUCCUAAGCAGCCCAAGACGGAAAUCACCUUUUACGACCCUACGUCUAAUACGGGCGGUGCUGGGUCUAUUACGGCUAUCGAGGACUAUGGCGACUGUAGUGGAAAGGCUAAUAUCAAGUACACUAAGAUUACUGGGGGAUAUACCGUCAACUACGGUAAUGUGUAG